AUGGCGAGUGCAUGUGACAUUUGUUUGAAAACGACUGGCUUCAUGAGAUAUCGAACAGUCGAUUAUGAAGCUACAACUCUAUCAAUAAGUUCAAGAUGCACAGAAAUUGUCGCUGGCGAGGAUAAUUAUGGAGGUGAUAUGGAUGCCGCUCAUCCAGCACAAGUACAUUCACCAGCAGCAUGUGCUGCAUUAUGUGAGCUAUAUCCAGAUUGUAUUGCAUGGACAUUCUAUGCUGAGAGUGGCAGCUGCUGGCCAAAGAACGGAAUACCUAUUCUUAAGACUUCAUCCGACCAUUAUACAGGAAGAUGCAAGAGCGCAUAA